AUGACUAGCAGUAGCUGGGAGCAGCUGCUCUAUCUGUAUGGUGGAGACCAACCAUGGGACUCCUUGCUAUGGGUCACCUCAGACGAUCGAGUUCGCGGAGGCGCCAGCAAGUCCCACCUCUUCGUGGUGAACCCCGAGAGGGCCCGCUUCUACGGCCAUCUGGAUACCAAGACGCUGGGCGGCGCCGGCUUCGCAUCGCAGCAUAGCCUGGGCGUUCUGGACUGGAAUCUGUCUGGCUACGAUGGCAUCGUUGUUUCGGUGGCUCAGGCCGAUGAGAAGCGGUAUGCCCUGACGCUCAAGGACGCGAUACCGCCGCGGAGAGACGACGGGCGCGAGGAGGCGGGCAUCAGCUGGGAGGCCAUCUUCACGGUGUCUCGGGAGGGAUCUCAGUACGACAUGAAGAAGGUCUAUCUGCCGUGGAGCGCGUUCAAGCCGACCUAUCGCGGGAGGCCGAAGCCGGACGCGAAGCCGCUGGAUCUGGCGCAUAUCAAGAGAGUUGGUUUGAUGAUGCGAAGUUUUUUUGAUGAGCAAGAUGGGGACUUUUCCAUUGACAUUCAUGCCAUUGCCGCAUGGAGAGAGAUUUCAGAUGGCAGGGCAGAGACAGCAGAACAGGGAGACGAGGAUGAAGACGAUCCCAAGGUUGCUGCGGAGGCUGCAGCGGGGAAGAAGGUGCACUCUCGUCGGCGUGUUUGGCUUCGACGAUUGCUGUGUGGUUUGCUUUGA